AUGCCUUCCAUCCGCAAGCCACUCUGUGACAGCCGGGUAUACAGCUCCUUUCAGCUGCCCAAUGGCAUGCGAGCUAUUGUUGCCAGUGAGUCGGAUAAGUCCGUUGCUGCUGCAGCAGCGCUCUGCGUGCUGGCUGGAAGCAUCCACGAGCCCAAGGACAUCCCUGGCCUGGCACACCUUUGCGAGCAUAUGCUUCUGCACGGAACCCUCCAGCCUUGGGGUACAACUUUCUCUGAGCACAUCAAGGCGCACGCAGGUCAGCACAACGCGGUCACUACAAUGUUGCAAACUUGCUUUGCCUUCGAGAUUCAGUCUGACCACUUGGAUGCUGCUUUGCGUCUUUUCUGCCGCUUUUUCCUGUCACCCACAUUCUGCCAAUCGCAUCAACAUCAGGAGCUUAAGGCUAUUGAUGCUGAGCAUCGUAUGAACGCUCAAAGCGACUUUCGCCGACAAUGGGCGGUGUUGUUGCAGGAUGCUAACCCUCGGCACCAAUAUCACUGGGCUUCAGGCUGCAGCAAGUCCCUGCUACAAGGCGCCGCAGCUCUCAAGUGUGAUUUGCACCAAGCCAUGGAGAAGUUCCAUGAGUCCACCUACAAAGCUAGUCGUAUGGCGUUGGCAGUUGUGGGCCCGCAGCCUGUGGAAAAGUUGGAAGCAUGGGUGAGAGCAUGCUUCUCAGCGGUCCCAAGCGCCCCUUUGCAAGUCUCCAGCACUGCCCUGACUGGAGAUCAGGUCAGCGGUUGCGAGCCCGCGUUCCUGCAGGAGGAUUUCUGCGGGCAAGUAUUCAUCGUGCCGCUGAAGGACCUGCAUCAGCUCAAGCUCUCCUGGAAGAUUCCAUGGCAGGUUGCCAGCUGGAAGUCCAAGCCCACGGCAUAUGUGAGCUACCUUGUGGGCCAGGAGGGCCCUGGGAGCUUACUGGCCGCCUUGAAAGCCCGGAGCCUGGCGCAGAAUCUGUCGAUUGCAUGCUUCGACUAUCAUGGUGUCCUAUCCACGUUGGAGCUCACGGUGGACCUGGUGAACACACACGAGCAGACGAUUCUUGAAGUAGGCAAGCUGGCUUUCGCCUUCAUUUCCAUGCUUCGCUCGCUCGGGGUGCAGAAGUGGGUCUUGGAAGAGUACACCCACUUGCAGCAGCUGAACUACAACUUCCAGUUCGACACGUCAACCUACAAUCUCGUUCAGGACUUGGCAUGCAACCUCCACUACUACCCGGUUGAAGAAGUCCUGGCAGCGGACAGCCUCUUAUAUGAGCAGGACCUGCAGGCAUCUCUGGAGAUCCUCAAGGGCAUGACUGUGGAGAACACCCGGCUCACCGUGCUCUGCAAAGGCCUGGAAUCUCUGUGUUCCUCCCUGGAACCUUGGUAUGAAGCGCGAUUCCUGAAGUUCCAGAGCAUCAAAAGGUCGUGGAAGGAGAGCUGGAAGGAGAUCGAGCUAAGUUCGUGGAGUGCGCUGGUACAGCAAGAGGGACUUCACCCUGAGAGCUACGCCAGCGCAGAGCGCUCCACACGUGGCUGCCUCUUUCUGCUUGCGCUCCUUCGAGUUGUCCUCGGCAAAGGAUGUGGCCUUGGCGCACCCAGGCACGUCCUCUGCAAAUGCGUGGAGCAAGCUCUCAGAGCAGAAACUUUUGAAGCCCGAAUGGCGGGUGCUAUGUACAAGCUGGACAUGGCAGACCACUGCUUUUUGCUCCAGUUCCUUGGCUUCCGGGACAAGAUGGUGCUCUUGGUAUCCAGCAUGCUCUGCAGCAUGAACAGAAUCUCUGGGGAGGUUUUCCUGCAGGCGAAGGCGCAGCAGGAGCUGGAUUACGGCACGGUUGUCAUCAUCUUGUUCCUGCUU